AUGGCAGUUCCCGGCGGCCGCAACGGCCUCAGGGACGAGGACGACGACAUGGCCGAACACGCCGAGGCCUUCGGCGGCGCCUCCGACGACGAGGACGUGCCUCCGCACCUUCGCGCCCUCGCCAACGCCGCCCAGACCGGCGACGUCGCCGCCCUCGUGGCCGCCCUCGGUACUGGCUUGAUCCGUCCCAUCCUUUUGCGAUCCUCGUUUUUUGGAGCACUUCUAGGGCUCUAUAAUCAUGAUGGCAGUAUUGAUGUUCCAGUUGAAGAUGGUGAUACUUUGCUCCAUCUGGCAUGCUUAUAUGGUCAUCUUCCUUGUGUGCAGCUAUUGUUGGAACGUGGAGCUAGCUUGGAAUGCAAAGAUGAAGAAGGUGCUAUUCCUCUUCACGAUGCUUGUGCUGGAGGCUUCACUGAGAUGGUCCAAUAUAUUCUCAACUUUGCUGCCAACAAGGAUGGUUGUGUAGUGAGAAUGCUCAACACCGUUGAUUCCGAAGGCGAUACACCGCUCCAUCAUGCUGCUAGAGGUGAACAUUUGGAUGUUGUCAAGCUUCUUCUUGAGGCUGGGGCAUCUCCCAAGAAAGAGAACACUUACGGGCAGACGCCCGCUGAUAUGGCUGACCAAGACACCGAAGUUCGAACCCUGUUGACUGCCAAGCAAAUUGAGGCAAGCACACACAUGAGUGAUAAUUAA